AUGAUACUGACCACGGCUCCCUUCUCCCCAGCUGUCCUUGCAGAGCCUCCAGCCAAGCGGCCGGGCUGGGGGCCCAUCUUGCGGGAAGCCCCUCACGCCCCCACUUACCAGCAGGGGAACCGUCUUCCCCCUCUGAGCUCCAGCACGGUGCAGGCUUCUCACCUGCUCCUGCUCGGGAGUGCAACCAACCCAUCUGGACUGGCUUCUCCCCUUUUCUCCCCUGUGCGUGCCCUGGGGAAGGAAUAUAUAAGCCACAAACUCAUGCUGCACUUAUUGCACGCCAAGGCGCCGCGUCCUCCGCCGGGUGCGGUUUCCGGCGGGGUGAGCGGGCGGGCGGGGGCGCCAUUGCCUCGGGCUGCGGACCGGUUGCCUCUGGGACACGUAGCCUCUAGCCUCGGAAGCGUCCGAGGAGCAUCCGUCUGGCAGUUGCAGGGCCACACGUUUGUCCCCAGGGCUGCUCUUCUGAGCCCUGCGCGUUCCACCACAGAACAUCUGGCAAUUUGGAGAAGCCUCGGUUUACCCCAUCAGGCGCAGGAUCAGAGCCGCAGGAGCUCUCCGUGGCAGGUAGCAGAGACCACCUGGGAGGAUGCCAGGGAAGAAGGACCCUGGGCCCGGAGGCGCGGAGAAGAAAACUUCCUAGGACAAGGGAGAGGAAGCCAGCACCUUCCCCUUUCUUUCCUAUUGGGAACUCACUGCCCGUGGCGGAUCCUGCCUCUUGACUACAGUGAUUGGCUCAGAGAUGGGCAUGUGAUUUGGCUGGACAAAUCAGAAUCUUCCUUGGGACUUUUCUGCCAGGCGUCCUGGAGGGACAAGUAAGGAAAAUGUGUUUGGGGUUGCAGGUGACCCAGGGCCUGAAGAACAAAAUCAGACAGAGACAAGGACAGCCAAGAGAUACAGCGAGACAGAGCCCUGAUGAUUUUUCCCUGAGCCACUAGAUCCGGCUAUGCCUAAAGCCACUGUACCCUGGACCUUUCAAUUAAAUCAUUUGUUCAUUCAACAAAUAGUGAUUGAAUGCCUGCUAUUAGGGUUCUCCAGAGAAACAGAACCA